AUGGCCGUCAAACAGAAAGUCCUCCUACUUGGAGCUACCGGCGAGACUGGCACUUCCAUACUGAAAGGCUUACAAGAGUCGGGUAACUUCAAUAUUGAAGUCUUGGUGCGACCGGCUUCAAUCAAUAAACCAUCGGUCCAGAAGAUCCAAGAGCAAGGCAUCAAGACCUGGGCCAUUGAUCUCAAUGAAUCCAGCGAGCUCAUCCCUGCACUGUCUGGUGUCGAUGUUCUUAUUAGCGCCAUCGGACCCAACGACUUGGUGCAACAAAAAAAGCUACUUCAAGCCGCAAAGUUGGCAGGUAUCAAGCGAAUAGUUCCAUGCGCUUUCAUCACGAUCGCACCCCCACAAGGCGCUAUGUUACUUCGUGACGAGAAAGAGGAAGUUUACAAUGACAUCAAAUUGCUCGGCAUCCCUUAUACUAUCAUAGAUGUUGGGUUCUGGUAUCAGAUCUCAUUUCCCUCCCUCCCUUCCGGCAAAGUGGACUAUGCAUCGGUGUCGCCAAUGAACAUUAUUCAUGACGAUGGCACAGCCCCAAAUAUUCUGACCGACCUACGUGAUAUCGGCCGAUUUGUCGCGCGCAUAAUAUGCGAUGAUCGAACUUUGAACAAAUACGUCUACACAUUUGGGGACAUUCUGAGCGAGAAUGAAAUUUACCGUAUUGCCGAGGAGGUAUCUGGGGAGAAAAUUGAAUCGACUCAGAUGUCAAUCGAGCAGAUCGAACAUGGCCUUGCACAGGCCAAAGCUGCUCUUUCCCAGGAUCCUCAGGAUCCGAUGAAGCGUACUUUCUUCUAUCUUUCCGAAUAUCAGCAUAGUAAGUAUGUACGCAAGGACAACAGGCCUGAGUACGCGGAGUAUCUGGGAUAUCUGAAUGCCCGAAGCCUCUAUCCAGACUUCACACCCAUUUCCUUCCGAGAAUUCUUUGUGGAGGCACUCGCUGGGAAGGCGAAAAGGGUGUAUGCUAGUUCAUAG